UUUACUACGCAUUGCAUCAGAUGAUUUAGAUGCGAUGUGAUGUUUUUAGAUGUUUUCUCGUAAUUGACGGUACAGCUGCUGGUGUACUCCGCUAUCACGAGUAUUGAAAGACAAUGAUGUAGGUAGAGAUGGGGCUGGAAGGAGGGGUAGAAUGUAUAUAAGGGUUGAUGUGCGCUGAGGAGGAAUAACAUCAUCACUGCACAGUAUCAUUAGAUAUCUACAAGACCUUCAAAUUUCACCAACAAACAAACCAACAAACAAAUCAAACCAAACAACCACCAAACCCAAACCAAACAACAAUCAAAAUGCAAUUCCCAACCAUCGCCACCCUCCUCACCAUGGCCACCAGUGCCCUCGCCAUCACCGUCUCCUACGACACCGGAUACGAUGAUGCAUCCCGUUCCUUAGGUGUCGUCUCCUGUUCCGAUGGAAGCAACGGGCUCCUCACCAAGGGUUACAGCACCCAAGGAUCCUUGCCAAACUUCCCCAACAUUGGUGGUGCAUCCACUAUCGCCGGAUGGAACAGUGCCAGCUGUGGAAGCUGCUAUCAAUUAAGUUAUGCAGGAAGAAGCAUCAAUGUGCUUGCGAUUGAUCAUGCAGCGGCUGGAUUCAACAUUGGUCAAAGGGCCCUGGAUACUUUGACUGGUGGUCAAGCGGUCGCUUUAGGAAGAAUCGAUGCUUCUUAUGUCCAGGUUGCCCCAAGUGCUUGUGGACUGUAAAUUGGAUAAAAUGAGAUGAGAUGGGAGAGGGGAUCACGAGGGGAAGGACUAUACUGAAUGCAACAUAUGGAACGACCAUGUGAGAAUGGAACAACGAAGGAUAAGAUGAAGAUGGUGGGGGCGAAUAAUGGAGGCGAUGAAUAAUGAGAACCUAAGCAAAUGAAUAAUGAUAAUGCAUGUUUUGCUACUUAAACUCUUUCUCCUCUUUUGACAUUAUAACAUGAUUGAUUUUCAACAUCCAGAAUAUUUCCUGUGUAACCAUUGCAUAGCUCUAAGUUUCCCACAUACUCCGUAUAUUACUUACA